GGAGGAGGAGGAGGAGGAGGAGAAUCCCUGUCCAGGAGGUGGAGCGAGGGGACGGUGACCGCCUCCCGUUCCUCCCUGCCGUUUUUUCGGAGGAGCCCGAGCCGGGACACAACAAUCCGAGAGGGACGCGCACAAAGCCGUGGGUGCGCGCUGGCGCCGGGGCGAGCACGGGGCGUGGCGGGGCGCGGGGGUGCUAGCGGGCGCGGAGCGGCGGGGAUCAUGCCCGGCGAAGUCUCCUGAGCGCGGCCCGCGGGCCUCCCCGCCCCCACCGGCUGCCCUCGGCGCGGCCCUCCCUCCCCAUGUGCAGCCGGCCGGCCGCGCUCCCCUCGCGGCGGAGGGUGACCUCUUCCUGGCCCGGGCCGACUGUGCAAGGCGGCGGAGCAGGCGAUGAAGAAGAAGCAGCAGCAGCAUCCCGGCGGCGGAGCGGAUUCCUGGCCCCAUGCGGCCCCGGCCGGGGGCGCCCCGGCGGGCCUGGGCGGCUGGAAGCGCCGGGUGUCCCUGCUGCCCCUCCUGCGCUUCUCCCUCCGGGACUACGGUUUCUGCAUGGCCACCCUGCUGGUCUUUUGCUUGGGCUCCCUCUUCUACCAGCUCAGCGGGGGACCCCCUCGCUUCCUGCUGGACCUGCGACAGUAUUUGGGAAAUUCCACUUACUUGGAUGACCACGGUCCCCCUCCUAGUAAGGUCCUUCCUUUCCCCAGCCAGGUGGUGUACAAUAGGGUCGGCAAGUGUGGGAGUCGCACUGUGGUCUUGCUUCUGAGAAUCUUGUCAGAGAAGCAUGGAUUCAAUUUGGUCACAUCAGACAUUCACAACAAAACCAGGCUUACUAAAAAUGAACAAAUGGAACUGAUUAAAAAUAUAAGUACUGCUGAACAGCCCUAUUUAUUCACUCGACAUGUUCAUUUCCUCAACUUCUCAAGGUUUGGAGGAGACCAGCCCGUCUACAUCAACAUCAUCAGAGACCCUGUCAGUCGGUUCUUAUCUAACUAUUUUUUCCGUCGCUUUGGAGACUGGAGAGGGGAACAGAAUCACAUGAUCCGCACCCCCAGUAUGAGGCAAGAGGAACGCUACCUGGAUAUCAAUGAGUGCAUUCUUGAAAACUACCCUGAGUGUUCCAACCCCAGGUUAUUUUACAUCAUUCCGUAUUUUUGUGGACAGCAUCCCAGAUGCAGGGAGCCUGGUGAGUGGGCCCUUGAACGUGCAAAGCUGAACGUGAAUGAAAACUUCCUGCUCGUGGGGAUCCUCGAGGAGUUGGAAGAUGUGCUGCUUUUACUGGAAAGAUUUUUACCUCAUUACUUCAAGGGUGUGCUCAGCAUCUACAAGGACCCAGAGCAUAGAAAACUUGGAAAUAUGACUGUGACGGUGAAGAAGACUGUGCCCUCCCCGGAGGCUGUGCAGAUUCUCUACCAGCGAAUGAGAUACGAGUAUGAGUUCUACCACUACGUCAAGCAGCAGUUCCACCUGCUGAAGCGCAAGUUCGGCCUGAAGUCCCACGUGAGCAGGGCCCCCCUGAGACCGCAGUUCUUCAUCCCCACCCCCCUGGAAACUGAGGAGCCGAUCGAUGAUGAGGAGCAAGAUGAUGAGAAGUGGCUAGAAGACAUUUAUAAGAGGUGAUGCCAACACUGGCAUGGGUUGCCUCCAUGGCUCUUUCUCCCUUUCCAGAAAGAUUUUUGUUUGGGGAAAGAAAAAUCCUGAAGCGACUUUAAAUUAAUGCUUGGGUGCAUUAAAAAGAACAAAACAUUCCCACAUGUUGGGGUCAUUGGGAGAUGCCCGGUUUUGCGGGUGUUGUUUGUUUAAUUUUAUUCUGUGCUUUCUCUUGGCUCCUUGGGGUUUUCCCAGGUACACAGAUGGCUCCAUCACGAGGCAUCCUGCCAUAAAAUACCCUUUCCCUUCCCCUUCCCCAUAAGAUGGAAGAAAGAGGAGAAAUAUAUUCCACAGCCCAAUAAUUUAUCAUUUGUAAAAUAACUUGUAAAAAUAUUACCUCAGUGGUAGAAGAUAUUCACACUUGUCUAUGUCAGUAGAAAUAUGAAACCACUUCAUAGACCAGGGAAUCUGCUCUACAAGGAUCUAAGAGGAGAAGGUAAGAUAAGACCAUCAAACAACAGAUGUGCCUGCUUAAAUGGUUUCUUGCCUCAUGGGUAGAAUUCUGCCUCAGGUCCAUCUCAGGGGACAUAGUCAUCGAGAGCAGUGCACUUCUCUCUGAAAGAAUAAGUUGGCUUGUGCCAUGACCCCAACCAAUCAGAGCCUGGAGUACCUUUCAAAGUCAAAGUGCAUCGCUAGUUCCUUGAGAUAUUCCAUUCCCAAUCACCAUUCUGACAGUCACCAAAGUAUCAUAGCAAGGAAAAGGAUUUGUUUGCUAUGUAAGGAAGAGUAUAGGCAGCACGGAUCCAAUUUGAGGGUCAUGUAACAGCAGGAAAAAACAUGGGUGUGUGCUUUGCACCCAAUCUGAAACAUCUCUGCCCCUGGCACUGCUUUAAAUGGAAGUCCCAGGAACCAAUUUAGCUCUGGCAUUAGUUUUUAUGGCAGGAAUUCUAAACCUGACCACAGACAGUGCAUAAUCUCUGCACUACCAAAUGGGGUCUUAUCUGGUAUUUGGUACCUGCUUUUAGUAACAAGGGGUCCUCAGUUCUUUUCAGGUGGCAAUAGAACUAUAGUCUCAUUUCUUAUGGAAUCUGUUUGCUCUUAGGAACCCUUAACAGGGACAUCAAAAACAGAAAAGUACGACUUCUGGGUAAGAGACUGUCUGACAAGCUUUAUGAGCAGGUGGGUGCCCCUGUGUGACCUGAAUAGAGACUGGGCAUUCCCAUUACCCCCAAAUAUCCAGCCUGUCCACCUUUCACCCCAUCACUUCCCCUUACCCAUAGAUUUAACACUAGGAGCCAGGAUGCAGAGGUGGAAGUAGGAAGGACAAGUAAGCUUGUGACAAAUUUUGUCUGCUCUGUGUUCUCCCUUCGAGCCAGCUCAUCAAGAGCACUUGCAAAGUGAGUCAGAGGACUUUAGACUCUGACUUUAGGCAAUCUGCACAUUUUCUGCUUUUCAGAAAACAAGAGUCUCUCUAGAAUUUUUUCUUUCUUCACUAAAACUGAGCAGUGACCAAGAUACAAAGCAAGUCACUUGGACCCUGCCGAGUGUGUGCUUAAGCUACUUUAUCAUGAGAUGGAUUAAGAAGGCUCCAGCCCACAGGCAUCCAGUGAAGGCAGGGGCCACAGAGACACAAAGUCCAGCACUUGUGGGGUUUCCUUCUGCUUCACAGCACUGGGACAGCAAAGCAAAUAAGGGACAGGUUCUCAGAGUAAGAAAUUUCCUUUGUCCUGUGCGGAGAGACCAGAACCUUACUAUUAGGCAUACUUUAAAAAACAACCUAAAAAACAGCUAUCAUGUUCAAAACAGUAUAAGAAGUGCUACCUGGUAUGUUGUGAGUCAGUUCUAUUAAAUUACAUAUAAAGAAUGAUGGUAAGUUUACACACUGUACAAUCUCACAAUCUGAAAAUAAAGUUGCAAUGGCUAUGUUUUCUCUGCUGUUGUUAGAACACCAGAAUAAUUGGUCAUUCAACAAAUCCAUCCUCUUUCUGCAAGUUCACAUGGGCACUUCUACCUGUGUGUUCAAAGGUAUUUAUUUUGGGCAGUGAUCAGUAUAAUGUCACAACAAAAGAUGCCAACUGAUUACUUGUAGGGACUUUUUGUUAUUUUGCCCCAACACACAGCCUCUAGUUCCUAAAACUUCAUAGGUUUAUUUGGCACACAUGACAACAUUUAUUUGGCUCUGGGCCCAAUACAGUUUGUACUUCAUGAAAUAUACUGUACAUUUUACAUAGUUUAAUUUAAAAAAUACAUUUUAAGCUAGUUGAUCUUUGACUGCCUUAUUUAUUAUAACCUUUCGGCACAUUCCAAGGUUUUAGUUACUCAGGAAGGAGUUAAUUAAAAUGAUUUUAUUUUGGUCUGAUGGAUGUUUUAUAAAAGGAAAAUUGUUAUUAUGAACCCUCAGCCUACUUUCUUUGAGUGCUGUAAAAGUGCUUGUAAAUUUUUUUCUCCUAAAGGAGAAAAAAAUGAUAUUUGACAUUGAUGAAAAUUCAAAACUAUAUAUGGAACUGAAACAUAAGCCUAGCUAAAAUAAAAGCAAUCUGUGUUUGA